AUGGUCGAUCGGAGAGCUGAGACGUGGCUCAAAGCUAUUCGGAUGGCAUACGUAAGUGAGGUUGGGGUUGACUCCAUGGAACCCGAAACUAAACGAAGAGCCCGUCGGCAGCAGAAGGCGAUUUCUCAAAAGUCUGAGAAGCGUCGACACCAGCUUCGACUGGCACAACGAGCUUACCGUGACCGCAAAGAGCAGACCAUUUUGGCUCUCCAAGCCCGAACUAAGGAACUGGAAGAAGGGAUCGACAAGCUCAGCCAAAAGUUUAUCACCUUCAGUGGUAUGCUCUUGGAGACAGAUCUCAAACAUGACCCUGAUGUAAUGUCAAACCUACAUCAUGUUAAUCAAGUGUUCGUCUCCCUGGCAAAGGUCCGAAGUGAUGGGAAAUCCCCGCCAGAGAUGGAUCUGGCUGGUGAGGAAAGUCCAUCGACAGAAAUGGAAAAACCAGCUUCGACACCCGUUUCUACCAACCCCGCUUCCCCGGCAGCCCAGGGGCAAUCAUCGAUUCAGGAUGAUAUAACUGCACCUCCUACAUUGAUAACGAACCUAAUAAACAUCUCCUCUAUGCCAAUACUCACCUUCGCCCAACAUCUAGUCCGCAAAUGUACCCAGAACGCAUAUCUACUUCUGACCAGAAUGCCCAACCACGUCACUAAGCUCAAUGAAGUCUUUGGGUAUCAGCUGACAUCCGACGACAAGACCCUUCUGAUAUGCCUAUUUCAGAACGCCCUUCAAGAUGUAAACACUAUCGAGCUUCGAACCCACGCGCUCAGCACCCUACGAAAUGUGAACAGCCCCAUCCGUCGAGAAGACCAAUCCAAGCUCCCCUGCAUGUCUAACCCAGGGGAUUGGCUCGACGCUCACGGUGUAUUGGGCUUUCUCAACAUGAAAGGAGUUCCAAUCCAGGGAGAUAUUCCCGUAUAUCCUGUUCCGGAUUUGCAUUACAGUAUGCCAGACUCGUCAAGGUUUAAUCUUAUCAAGUUUAUUGAAGUAGUUGCGAAAACGUGUCGUUGUAUUGGCGCUGGGCCUGCUUUUCAACGGCACAAUGUCGAGACUGCGUUUCGACUUGCAACGCUUGGUGGUGGUCUUUGUAAAUGA